UGUGUUACGUAGUAUCCAACAUGGCGGCGUCUGACAGGGGUGCUCAGGACAGUAUCCUGGAGCCUUUGUGUUUCCCAGAGCAUCCCGAGACCAGUCCCUGCCCCGCGGCCUUGGAUCGUCCCUGCCCUGCGGCCCUGGAUUGCCCCUCCUCUGAGCCCUUGGUCUGUCUCUUUUGCCCCGAGUCCCUCCCCUCUCAUCAGAAAGAUGUCCUGCUCAAACACCUGCUGCUGCAACACAAACUAGUGAUCGCAGAUGUCAAACUAAUCGCAGAUCUACCACAGUAUUUAUUGCAUUGGAAAGGCAGAUUGUUGGAGCAGCCAGUGGAAGAUUUCUGUAGUGUGAUCAGGACCAACUCCCAAGGUCCAGUGGAGAAACAGGAGCAUUAUUACCUCCUGUGUGAUGUUCUUCCAGAGGACAGAGUUCUCAGGGAAAAGCUGCAACAGAAAAGACUGGAGGAGGUGUUGGAGCAGCAGCAGAGGGAGCGAGAGGACACCACGUUUCAUCGGCCCUGUAUGUUCUGCAACGAUGAGUUCACUGGAAACAGAUCAAGUUUAUUGAACCACAUGGCUAAAGAACACUCCUUUAGCAUCGGACUCCCGGAUAACAUCGUCUACUGCAACCAGUUUUUAGACACACUUCAGAACAAACUGGACAGUUUACAAUGUUUAUACUGUGAGAAAACGUUUCGAGAUAAAACUACUCUUAAGGAUCACAUGAGGAAGAAAUCACAUAGACGAAUCAACUCCAACAACAGAGAAUACGACAGGUUCUAUAUUAUCAACUAUCUGGAAUUGGGAAAAACCUGGGAAGAAGUGCAAAGCGAAGAUGAUCGUGAGCUGGUAGACGACGGAGAUGAUGACUGGUCGGACUGGCACGCUCACCCUGUUUCGGCUGUGUGCCUGUUCUGUGAGCAUCAAUCUGAAACUAUGGACCUCAUCUGCUCACACAUGAAGGACGCCCACAGUUUUGACCUCCACAGAUUAAAGAUUGACCUAAGUCUCCACUUCUACCAGCAGGUGAAGCUAGUGAACUUUAUCCGUCGUGAGAUUCAUCAGAGCCGCUGUUAUGGCUGUGAGCGGAGGUUUGAGAGCAGACAGGAAGUACUACAGCAUCUCACCACAGAGGGCCAUGUCAUGAAACUACCAGAAAUGUCCACCUGGAACCAGCCCCAAUAUUACUUCCCCACCUAUGAGAACGACGCACUGCUGUGUACACUCUCGGACAGUGAUGGUGAAGAUGAUGAUGGGGUCCCGGUGAUCGCUGAGGACAUCUCAAACCUCAGAACCUUAAAACAGAACAGUGUACUCAACCAGCUGCUCAAGAACAGAGGCACAUGCAGCUGAACCAAAGACUCACUUUUAAUACAAAGCCAUAGUAUAUUAUGCAUUAAGGUGAUGAUGAUACGAUGAUCUAACAGUAUCUUUGUGACAUUCAGCAAAUCAUGGGCCACCUGUUUAUAACAUAAGAGAAGAGGACCAUUGUCCCACAAUGGAGAAUCUUUAUUGCUGCAAAUUAUGAUGGCCUUAAACAAUCAACAUGCAAAAAAUAAACUUUAUUCCUCAGUUUCUGAAACUGAAUGAAAAUAUGCAGUCACAAAUCAAGAUUGAAUAACUAUUUAAAAACAAAAAAAGUCUUCUGUGGUAAAAUGUCACAUUAAUAGCGAUGUCCCACUUCCAGCUUUAACAUUGUCGGUAGAACAGUCAGAUCUGACCCACAGGUUGACAGACAAUAUAUAAAAAUGGAAAAGUGCAAUGUAAAAAUCGCACCAUUUACUGUUUGGCCAUUUGUUUUCUUAAGAGGUAAAGUAUAUUAGGAUUGUGAUCAAAAUCAUGGCUGAAAAAAGUACAAUUCAACUUGAUUCCAGACUCAUGAGCCAUUAUUGAAACAGUGACAAUACAAACAGCAAACAUUUCUUUAAUGAUACUGUGUUGUCUAUCACGUGUGUUUUACACGGUCUUUGUCCAGUCUACAGCCUACAUAUUAGGUUGUUGCUCAUUGUAUUAUACUCGAUAUUUUCUGCAUGCCUACAUGGCACAUUUCAUUUCAAAUAAAUAUUUAAAUUGGACCCCAUUUUUGCACAUUAAAUGCCUUGACAAACCAUUUUAAAAAUGCAAAUGAAGCGACUCUGAUUGUUAUAAUCAGCAGUUCGAGCAGUAUGUCCUCCUGGCAAUGAAAGACAUGGAUUCUGCAAUAAAA